AUGUGGUCGACCUUCUUCGUGCACGAUGAGGAUGGCCGCACGGUGGGGCCGGGGGGGGUGGGAGCGGCGGCGGCGGCGGGAGCGGGGGCGGCAGGAGGGCCGGCUCAGGGCGCGGCGGGGCUGGCCAACCUGAUGAGCGGACGCAGCACGUUCGGGGGGAACAAGCGCCGCAGGACGACAUCGACGGGAAACACCAUGAGCGAGGCCCAGGAAGGCAAGAUCAAGCUGGCGUUCUUCGUGGCCAUCGUGGGCGUGGUGCUGACGGUGCUGGGGGUCGGGACGGAGUUCUGGGUGGAGCUGUCGCCGCCAAAGAGCUUCUACAACAACCAGACGUGCAUGACGGCUCAUUACGGCCUGUGGAAGGGCUGCACCAAGACGCUGUGGGUGGCCGACAUCGACCCGGAGAGAGAGAGCUGCGGGCCGGCCGAGCUGCCCGGAGAAUCAAACUGUACCUACUUCAAGUUCUUCACCACGGGGGGAAACGCCGUGAUGUUCCAGAAGACAACGCAGAAGAAUCUGAACGUCGCGGCAGCCAUGUUGGCCCUGUUCAGCCUGUUCCUGAUGGUGAUGGGUGCCAUCUGCAUCACCAUGUCUCUCAGCAAAGAGAUCCUGUUCUUCCUCAAGCCGGCGUCGUUCUGCUUCAUCCUGUCAGGCGUCCUUGUGCUGCUGAGUCUUAUCGUCUUCCACCAGUCGGUCCUGGCCCUCCUGGCCAGCGACCACACGGUGCCCCUGCACCACGAGCUGUCCUGGUCGGUGUCCUGCGUCGGCUGCGCGGGGGCCGUCCUGAUCGUGGGCGGGAUCCUGUUCGUGCUGCUGUCGCUGCCCUACAGCCCCUGGGAGCGGUGCCUCCCUCAGCGGGACGGCAGUAGCUAG